AUGGAAUAUAACUAUCAUAAAGAGCGGUGGAAAGAGGAAUUCCGCUGGGCUAGGAAGUUCAUGUUUUGGAGGUCUUCGCAUGCGGAUUAUAGUUGGAUAUGGUGGGACCAAGAUGGUGAGAAAUCAAGGCAACGAGCUGAAGAUGAGGGUCGGCUACGGCGUAUUCCCUUGCGGUUGAUGAGAUAUGCCGUCAACGGACUGAGGCCCAGCUCGCACUCACAAGCCAACCCUGAGCUUGGUGUUCCCGCAAUGAGCCGCUUGUCUACCCUUCGAAGACACCAUAACCGCAGAGCCAUGGAAUAUGAGGAUCUUAAUGUACCACGGCGUACCGAUUUGAGCCUUUCGCCCUCUUUGAGGACACGAUCCAAGUCCUUCGAUAAUAGUGGGUAUGGAGUAGGAAGCGAAGCACCACCUCGCCCUGCAGCUCGAAAAACACAUUCCGAAGGCUACUAUGAUGACUCACGCCACGUACGUUUUCACAGUCCAGCUACUCAGCCACUCCAUACUAGAAGAAGGCAUGGACGAAGCAGCAUCCUGAGCAUGGGCAAUUCCAUGGACGAGACACAUGGCGAAAAAUCACUUUCCUGGAAAUAUAGAGCAUGGGGUGCAAGGAUGCAAUGUCAGACCUUUGGUGAUACUCCUGGAGUUCUCAAGGGCCAUGCCGGCCGACCAGGCACAGCAAUGUCGUUUGCUCUCAAAAGCAUGAUAUCAUCAGGGUCUGGCUCAGAUAUAUACCAGUCUCAUCAUUAUGAUACUGGGACUCAGCCGGCUCCUCGAUUGCCAAAUCGUCUUACUCCAGAGAUCAGGAGACAGAUACCAAGACCACGAUGUCGGCCAGGAGAAGAUACUCUUCGCAUCCGCAAAUGCCGCGGGAUACGCCGUCGACCUCCUCUCGAGAAUUGCUUGAGCCGCCCUGAAGUACGUCUAGUCGACAAUUUGGAUAGAAAGCUCGAGUGGCUAUCGAGUGAAAUGGACCCAGGUCGAAAGUCAUUUGCGUUUCUCCUUCUCCACAACCAUUGGCUCAACCGGGCCACUUGGGUUGUAAUGGAUCCUUCAUCAAGACUCACUGUUCAGAAAAAAAGAAUACAGAGUGAUCCCAGAGUAAAUAAGAAGGCGUUUGGCGGUAAAAGCAAUGCUGUUAUACCCGACCUUACCCCUGAACCAAGAGCCAGAGCAGUUACGCCACGGAUAGAUUCCUGGAGGGUAGCAGUCAACCAAGCGAGGGUGUCUUCUGGAGCGAAAGAGAUUCCAAAGGUUGAAUUACUCGAAGGCUCAGCUGAAGAGGCUGCUGAUAAUAACGUUGACCCAGCAAGCUGGAUUCUCAAGAAACCCCCACAAGGACACGGAAUGUCGAAUAAGCAGAAACAGAAAUACUUCGAAGGGCCUGGUGGUUGGUCUGAGAAGCUCGAGUACUGGGAGAACGUUCCCCGGUUGUAUAGGGUCCGGAGGGUAGUUCUUCAAGGCAAAGCCAACCGCCGGUGUGUUGUUAGAACUGGAAAGGGCAUAUAUCACGGCGUUGAGAGAGCUGCUCGGGAAGCAAGAAGGCUCAGUGCCCAGCAGUACCAGAAAAUCAGGCAGCUUGAGAGGUCUGAAAAAUCGGGCCGGGGGGUUUGUCGAUGCAUCAACGAGACGAAGGCUGAACCAAACAGAACCACAGCAUUCAUGGAAAUUAUUCUUACCGUUCGGAGCUAA